CUCCCGGCACCGGGAGGAGGGAGGGAAGGAGGAAAGGAAGGAGGGAAGGAGGGAAGCAGGCUCCCGGCACCGGGAGGAGGGAAGCUCCCGGCUCCCCCGGGCCCCGAGGAUGCGGCAGCCGCCGGGCACCGCGGGGCUGUAGCCCCGGACCCCAUGGGAUGUGCCCGCCGUCGCCUGGGUGUUGUAGGAUUGUGGCAGAGCUGGCCAUGAUGUUAUGGUUUGUGGUUGGUGCCCUCUUCCCAGCGCUGCUCCUGGCCGCACCGCCCCCCAUAAACAAGCUCGCCCUCUUCCCGGACAAGAGCGCUUGGUGUGAGGCAAAGAACAUCACCCAGAUCGUGGGGCACAGCGGCUGCGAGUCCAAGUCCAUCCAAAACAGGGCCUGCCUGGGACAGUGUUUCAGCUACAGCGUCCCCAACACCUUCCCUCAGUCCACAGAGUCCCUGGUUCACUGCGACUCCUGCAUGCCCGCCCAGUCCAUGUGGGAAAUCGUGACACUGGACUGUCCAGGCAACGACGACAUCCCCAGGGUUGACAAACUGGUGGAGAAGAUACUUCACUGCAGCUGCCAGGCUUGUGGGAAGGAGCCGAGCCACGAGGGAGCCCUCUUCAACGUCUACCUGAACGCGGAGGAGAACAUGCCCGCUGAAGGUCCCAGCCCCCACCACUAUGCCCACCACCAACAGGAGGUGGAAGAACCUCCCUCCUCCAGCCACCACCACCACGAGGAGGAGGGCGAGGAGUGACCUGGCCCUUGGGGACUGUCCUGGCAGCCGGUGGGGCGGGCAGGGGGUGUGUGUGUGAGGGAGAGGGCCGGGGUUUGGGGAGGGAGGGGGGUGGUGGAGUCUUUGCUGUCUAAUAGCUACUACCCUCACGCUUUGCUCUCCACGACACCCCGGGGCCCGGAGGAAGGUUUAGAGGCACAAGAGGGGCUGAGGGGUGGACGUGGGGCUGGAGCUGCAGGGCGAGAGAGGAGGGCUCGGGGGUUUUUUUCUGAUGCAAAACUACUUGCACAUAAUGGUAAUAAUAUAUUGAGAGGGGCAGGAACCUGGAUGAGGGGGUUUUGGCCACGAGCAGGAGCUGAGCUGGGCUCCCCAGGGGCUGUCCUGACCCUGCUGAGGGGCACUUGCUGAGUCCUUCUGGGUUUUUCUCUUCUAAACAGCUCGUACCUGGGGUGGAGGAAGAGGGGACGCAGCCUCUCCACAGUCCCAGGGGAGGUGCACAUCUCUCCUGGGGUGUGCAGGACUGGGGGCAUCCCUUCUUCUUCCUAUCUGCCCUGCCUGCUGGAGGAGAGGUGGGCUCCGUGGGGACGUGCUGUUCCUCCUGCCACCCGCAGGAUCUUAACUCAGCCCCAACCCCCUCGUCUUCGUUGGCUCCUGGGGAGUGUUUUCCCCCCAGGAUGUGCCUGUGGGGCUGCUGGGAACCCUGUUGGCAAGUGCCCUUAAACCUCGCUGGUCCCUGGGGCCACCACCACUGAGCUCCCUGGGGAUGAGGGAGCCGGAUGAUGCCACGGGCUUCGCCUUUGGUGGCCCCCAGGGGAAGGCAAAAAGCAGGUUGGGGUGGCCUGGGUGGGAGCCAGCCCCUCUCCUCCCUCUCCCUGCUGCACUUUACUGGUGGUGGAGGGAGAAGGGGGACGAGUGCCAGGAUGCCCACGGACCUUCGCAGGGUAGGAGGGGGCUCGGGGGGUGGGGACAGCCCUGGGUCCCCUCUGCCACCCCUUUCUCUCCCUUGUAUAAAGCUGAUUUCUUUGGCGCUGUCCUGACAAGAGCUUCCAGAGCUUGUAAUCGAUGCCUCCCCCUCCUUUUUACAAAGUUUGGUUGUGGUUUUUUUUUUUUUUUGGUUUUUGUUUUU